GCCUUGCAAGUAAUAUGGGCAGAGAACAAACUUCAAGGUGAGAGCAGUCUGCACAUUCGAUAGACGCCAGGCGAAACAGCCCCUUUUGUGAAUCAAAUCUGAACGGUCUCUGCAGCGCGCCUACGGGAAACAGUUAGGCUCUCAUAUUGUCAACUAAGUCGCUACCGCAUCACUCAGAUGAGAGCGGGGUCAUGGCGGCCACAACCGCCCAGCCCAUUGGGUCUCGUUCCCAGCUUGACGAUCGUGUUUCUUCAAUCGAACCCCCAAACUCACUUACUCGGGUUAUUCAGUCUCAAACCCUCGACGGCCCAGUUCCGGAUUUAGGGAGGGGGGCAGAGGAGAUUGAUAAUACAACACAACCCCCUAGAAGCUCUGCUGUAUCUGGUCACCAACCAUCUUGGAGCCAAACGCUUCGCAAGGUCGUUAACAUAUGUAGCGUACUGGGAGUUAUACUUACUCUGAUAAUUGGAAUUUAUGCAUGGGUAGCCCAAGAUAAAAGCAUCGCGAUUGCUAAAGAGUCGGAGCUGGUCACGCUGGCCCUGUCAUGUAGCGAUGAGAAAAUAAAAGACACACCCAUAUGUCAGCAAUUUCUCGACAAAUACCCUGACGGGCCGACGAUCUCGCGCCGGGGGGGUAUCUCCGUCGGUAGCUUUCACCACGAAGACCCUGAAGUAUGGCAGUCUGCGCAUAUGGAUCUGCAAUACACGGCAGUUUACCUAGCCUUGAUGAGCCAGCUUCUCCAAGAACAGAGUAGCCGGUUCCAUUCAGCCCUGGACAACCCUGACCCGAAGCAAUCCAUGGCUCAAAUGGGAGAUAUUCACGAGGCAGGGAAAGAAUUUGUGCAAAACAUGACCCUGAUAAAGGCAGCCUUAACUGCGCAGCGAGUGGAGGCUGCCAGCUAUAUCCCUUCCACAUCCCCUUUUAUGAGAAUCUUCGAGUGGGUAGCAGCUAUUACCCUUUGGUUUUUCAUGCCCUGCCUUCUUUUUUUUAACGUCAGUAUGGAAUUCAUCUAUCGGUCGAAAAGCGGGGGAGAGAAUUGCGUACGGGCUUUCGAGCAAUCGACAUUGUUGCUCCUUGAGGAAGUAACGUCGAUUAACGAGAAGAAGAAGUCGUGGAAGGCGGUUUGGGAAGCUCGGGGUGCUGCCUCUCGUGAUUAAGACGAUGAUCAUGGGGGUUCUAGUUACGGGCUGAUAAGUGCGCGGAUAUGAUGGUUGUGCAGAUCUCGCUGUGGUCCUUGACCUAUCUCAUGAAAACUCGUGAUUACCUCCAUAUUGAGUAGAUUGGAGACUCUUAGAUAAGCUCAAUAGCUUGAACAUGGCUAUUCUAAGCUGGCACUAUGUGUGAGUCAGCUGAAAGACGCUCCGAGCACAACAUGACAGUGACGAACGCGCACCUGGGGAUCAGAGUCUAGAUAUUCGAAGUGUAUUGAAAUGCAAGGAGCGGUCAUCUGGAUUAUAUGUGAGGGAUAAAUCAAAAGUAUAUGCGCUGUAUUGACGCAGUCUAGGAUUAGGUAGGUAUGUGCUUCAAGAAGGCGAUGCACCAAGCCAAGAAACCCAACUAGUCGCCCCCACUACCGGGUAGCUUCUCCCUUUCAGGGGAAGAAUCUUGGCAAGGCUUCGUUGAUGUAGUCAUGUUGAACUUUGCCUUUCAAGUCAUAUUCAUCUGAAAAUGUCCUGUUCUCUUCG